AUGGCGGCUCCAACCCGUCGAGCCCAAGCAACGCCAUUCAAAGAUAGCUCUUUCGACGAGAUGGACUCUGGCAAUCCGCACGGAACCUCGUGUGCCUCCAAUGCAAAUGCGCAAACGAUCGAUGGUAGCGCAUCUUCAGCUUUCUUUGGCGGAUUCCAAGGCGCCAGCUCGCCAUUACAGUCCGGUAAUGGUGCACAUCCUAAUCCGGCAUAUGGCCACGGCUUCAAUGUAGGCCCAUCGUCACCAAGUCCCGCCAUGUCUGGGUGGGAUCCCAUCAGCAAGCUAGGCUUCGCUUCCAAUCGCGCUUCCCCACAAACCCAGCUCCCUCCCAACGGCCUUUUGCAGCAUUCACCUCCACAACCCCUUUUCCCCAACCAUCGUCACAUAUCGCCCUCUCAGUCUCACUAUCCGCUUCCGCUGAAGCAGUCACUCCCGCCUGCCCAUGCUUCAAUUCAGCAGAGACCACAUCACAACGUCUAUGCUACUCAACAGCGAAAUGACGAUUCUGCCCGCCGCACAGCCGAGGUGGAACGCCGCAACAGACUGCGAGAAGAAGAGAAAGCGCGGAGAACGUCAGCAAUCAACAAGCAGGUCGAUGAGGGCAUGGCUGCGUUCAAGCUCGAUAAACAGCAAGCCUCGCAGCGCACAGCCGAAGUAGAACGACGCAACAGGCAGCGCGAGGAGGAAAAGGAAAGGAGGAGAGUUGCCAUCCAGAAGCAAGUCGACGACGGCAUCAAAACCAUCCAGGCCGAAAAGAAGAAGGAGCGCGCCUUUAUCGAGUCGGACCGGCUUGCAUGCCGAAAGUGGCUGACUGACCUCAGUCCAGUUGCAGCAUCCUCCUCUUCUACUGCUGAAGUCCAAGCCACCGACACCGUCGAUCUGUACGCCGCAGUCGGUCGCCAGCUUCGAGGAUUUUGGGAGGAAUCGCGACCUGCGGCAUCGAGCCAAAUGCAUCGCAGCGAGGUCAUCUCAGAUGUGCAGCAGGCGAUCGACCGCAAGUGGCCAGGUCACGGCCUCCAAGUCGCCGCCUUCGGCUCCAGCGUCACCGGUCUCAUCACCGAAUCCUCGGACCUCGAUCUCGUCUUACUCGAUCCCACCCGUCCCUACGGCGUUGGAACCCCUCCAGAGCUGCGUCGCGCCCCCAACAGGCCCGUCCGUCAUUCCAACGGCAUGCCAGAAUGGUACAGCACCAAUCAGGUUGCCAACGCCCUCCGCAACUCGAACAAAUUUCGCAACAUUGUUCCUAUCAGUGGCGCCAGCGUGCCUAUCGUCAAGAUGGUACACCGCAACUACGACAUUCCGGCCGACAUCAACAUCAACGAUCGCUUCGGCCUCUUCAACUCGCAGCUCAUCCAAGCCUAUGCCGAUCUGCAGCCCCAGGUUGUGCGUCCGCUCAUCUUCUUUCUCAAGCACUGGUACUCGCGCUGCGAUCUCAACGAUCCAGCAGGCAAGCAUGGUCCAUUGACGUUCAGUAGCUACACCAUUGCACUCAUGGCGUUGCAGGUCCUCCAGCUUCAAGGUGUCUUGCCGAAUUUGCAGAGCCCCACCCUCCUCAACACCCUUAACAUUCGACCCAGCUUUCUGUACGCACGCUUGAAGCGCCAGAGGCGCGCUAGAAACGGACGCCAACCUGUCGACAAAGACGAGACGCCAGCUCAAAAGUACAACGUCACUUUUUCCAUCGGCGAUGCAGACAUGGAGCCGUACAGAACGAGGGCAUUCGAACUCUCAGCCGAUGACGCUGCCACCAACGAUGCCAACGCUGCGUGCACAAAGUCUAUCAGCACGGAUCGUCUGCUCGGCAGAAUGUUCGUUGCCUUUGUCCAUUUCUAUACCCAGUUCGAUAGGCGCGCACAAGCGAUUUCAGUGGUCAACGGAUCUCCCUUGCCAAGAAGCAAAGCCUCUCAGGCCAAGCACGCCUUCUUUGAUUCGGCGAGCGAGGACGAUACAUUGCCAGGAAAGCUGUUCCCGACCGCAUCGAGAGACGCCGAAGCUCGAGCUGCUCUGCGGGAGGAGCACAGCGACAUCUGGGUGGGCGAAGAGCUGGUAGUCCAGGAUCCAUUCAUUAUCGACCGCAACACCUCACGAAACAUCAAAGCAGGCGCCAUCGACAAAUGGCAAGGCACCAUGGAGAGCGCCUUCACCCUUCUCGGCUUGCAAAAAGGAUUCGAUGUCAAAGACGGCUUCAGGGUACGAUUGGAGGAUGCACCGCUCAUCCUCGACCUGUGCGUUCCCCAAGAUUUACGUGACGAUAUGGAUGGCGACAAGUCGGCUACGGGAGCUGGGCACAAGGUCGUACAAGAUGAAGCCAUCGAGCCCUGGCGACUGGAAGAGGAGGCAGCAGCUCAGGCCCGCGAACUUGCUAAGCAAGCGGCUCAGAAGCUGCGCCGAGAGAAGAAAAAACAAGCCCGCAGCUCAAAGCCCAGCGAAGCUCGCCGGCUGCAAGAGGAGGCUGCCAUGGUAGAAGAUAUGAUUGAUGGCAUUGAGUCAGGCCAGACGACUGCCUUUCCAAGUGUUCGAAUCCCGGAGGUCUGGCGACUGCGUCCGGAUGGCGAAGCCAACAGCAAUGCCAACAGCAGCCUCACAGGGAACCACAACAGCAACGGCGACGGCAAAGAUACCUUCAAGGGCUUGAUGAGCAUGCCUUUUACUUUUAGCGUGUCCAAAUCGCCUGCGAUCGACAUCGCGCCAGCGCUAUCAAAGACCACGACCAUGAACGGCGACCUGACCCAGCAGCUUCCUACAAUGGGCCUAUCUUGCAGUCCGACCGCUUCGACCAAGACAGACAGCUCUUCUGACUCGGAAGACAUCGAUCUGGUCGCUCUGCGUUUGGAGCAAAGCACCCGAGUCGCCGGCCCAUGA